UUGCGAAAACAGAAAGUAAUGAAUUGCAACAAUCCUUGCGGUUCAGUUCUUCAACUUGAAUGUCGACAACUGUAUCUUAAACGUACGUACGUUAAAUUUUUUGGACUCUUGAAAUCUUACGCUUGUGAGUAGCCUAUCUGAACUCAAUACAGUACUUGAAGUGAAAUAGCCUAUUCUAUCAACGAAACCCUCCCGAUAAACAAGCCGGAUCGUGAGGAGAUCCGGACACUGUUAGAAUCAACAUUUAGAGCCAAAGGGACGAUAAGUCCGCCAAUGCUAUGACAGAUAUACUUGACUUUAUCGAGAGAUCUGGAAAAAUGUUGCACAUCUAGGACUAAGGUACACUAUCUAUUGGCUUCACAAUUGAUAAUUGCAUCGAGGAUGAGGGAUACAUUUCCCCGACCAACUUUGUGUGGCUCAGGGGACAUUAAAGUUACGCUGGUACCAACAUUUGUAUGGGCGAGUCGCUGCAAUAAAUCUGCGUGCUGGAUUCAGCUUCACAUUCCAUUUGGAUUGAUUUACAAAGACGGAGAUUUGACAUAUGGACAACAAUGUGUUUAUAGUUUUAUAUACAUGAGAACUUUAAGGAUGUGACAUCAAGGCUUAAGUCGUGGUAUUACCCAUUGUCCUGUUGGGCUUGUUUUGAGCUCAAGUUGAUUGUGGUGUCAAUUAAACUUUCACAAUAUGGACGAGCUAGGAAAUCAUGUAGGUGUGAUAUCGGGACGACACUGACAAAAAUUCUUUUCCAAACAUUUGAAUGUUCAUCUAAUUGUCAUCCGAGAUUGUCACUGUCUUUGUCGUCGAUGAUAGUUCUUUGAUGUUUUAGUUGGCACACUGUGAUAGACGUCGUCUUUCAGAGCCUUAGCACAUCAUUCGCUUAAUAUAAACAUCUUUGAAAUGGCUUCUACACCAAAGCUCACUACAUUAGUACGAGAGGCAAUCUUCAAGUGUACCUGCACGACACUCUCAGCCACGGUCAUGCUAUUUGAAGAAGCGAUGUUAACAAGCCUCGUGACGCAGGUCUUUUAACUCGCAACGUACGGCACGUUUGACGAUCUUGUUGAUGUUACAAGUUGCUUCACAAUGUGGACAAAGCACAGUGACUAUGAAGGAAUGGUCACCGCAGUGGUAGUGAUACGAUCUGCUAAUGACGUAUCAAUUGACAAGAAAAAUAUGGCUGUUUUAAUGGUAAUCGUGUCGAUGUUUACGGAUACUUUCAGUAUGUUAGCUUGACUUGAGAUCUUCAUCGUGGUUAUCAGAGGUGCAAAGAAAUAUCGCUGUGUUUGACCAACAUGGUUUCAGAGUCGAAUAUUUCGUUAAAAAGGGAAUGAGUGAUCUUAGUGCGAUCCAUUUUAGCUGUCAUUCUAGUUGAGGAUGUAGGUGCUUAUCGCUUUGCUAAUAUGUGCUAAACAUUUUAUCUGCCGACAUGCCGUUUGCUUUUUAUCUGCAUUCGACAUCAACAAUGAAGCGGUAUCGACACAGAGACCAGUAGACAUGCAUAUGAUAAUAUUUGUCGCGUACGAAAGAAAGUGAUUCUAUAGCAACAAUAAAAAUACGCGCAUUGCAUUAUUUAUACUAUCCUCACCAUACGGUAUUUACAUCUUAAUGUUAACGUCCACGAAUGCUUGGACUUGGAAAU